UUGAAGAUUGCAUUCAUUCUUAUGAGAAAGAUUGGAAGAAUUCUCUGCAACAAAACUUUGAAAAUGCUAAUCCAGCUAUCUUAAUCAGGCCUGAGGUUUCCUUGAAUUUUUCUGAGCCGCUAAAAAACGUUUUACUAUUUGGGGGGCACUCUGAACUUUUCCCGAUUGUUCCAUUGGAUUUGGUGCAUAUAAAUGCGCAUCUCCGGCUGAGUCGCUCUCGUGCAAUCCACGACGUGGACUCAUUAACUAUUGAGCUUCUACCUUCUCACGUGGCUGAUAAAAUACGACUUUUUUCUGCUGCUUUAUGGGAAGUUCUUCAAAGUUUUAAACUUCACUCUUCUGUGUUUGUCAUGGGAACCUUGGCAAAACUUAUUGGAGAAGAAUAUAAUAGUAUGCAAAGCAAAGCACUACGGGAUGGAAGCCCGAAUUGCUCGCUCGUCCUUGUGGACAGGAGCUUUGAUUUCUGCGCGGCUGUAGGGCACCACUCCCAGUCCCUUUUGGACGACCUCUUCAACUCUCUUCCUGCUAGAACUGGCCACGUGGAUGUGCACGUGGAUGUGUCACACGCGUAUUCUGGCGAUAAAAAAGUUGGGCCCAUCGAUAGCGGCCGGAUAUUUCAUGCCAAAAGCAAACAAAAUGGUUGGUUAAUAGACAGCCUUGGCAGGCAAGAAAGGCGAGAGUCAUUAUUAUUAUUAAAAGAAAAAGCACUUGAAUGUCUUGAGAAAGAACAUAUAAAAGUUCCUGCUAACUUGGUUUCCCAGCCAACCACAGAAUUGUUCAACUUUCUGCUUAGCGCUUUUUCAAAAUCUUCUUUUUCUGUUUUAAGAAAAAAUACCGAGUUUAUAGAAUUGUUAGCUGGCACUAAGCUGGCUCUAAACUUUUUUAAGAAAUCGCAAUGGGCGGAAAAGUUUACUAGCGAAAAGGCAUCGAUUUCGUAUAAAAUCUUAUAA